ACUUACGUUACUCAGUUGGCGGUUAAUUCAAAAAUAAUUUCAUUUCGAAAUCGGGCGUCGUUUUUAUUCAUUCCGCCUCACCGUUUGCCAGCAGAGCACCUUACUAUUGGACACUUUCUUCAGCUCGCCUAUUUGUUCCUCUUCGAUUACAUCUUAUAUUCUAUCCGAAGAUUCUAACCGUUUCUUUAGAACGACCAUCACGCACUUAUCAUCAUCAUUAUUAUUCUUUCUUAAAUAAAAGAAAGCUAAUUCUUUAAACAUGGAAAAUAUGCGUAGAUCAUUCCGAGCCACAAGACGAAGCCGUCGGUACCUCUCUCUCCGUGACAAGGAAAACCGUUUAUUGGCAACCCCGGAAUAUGUGAAGAAAAGACCCGAGAUCGAAGACCGGAUCGAUGAAGAAUGUCCACAAUGUACCCAGGCUGAAAACGAAAGCAGAGCCAGGAAUGGUCCCACUGGUGGUAAUUGCCAAUUUAGUCGAAGUGCCAGUGUCAGAAAGACCGUCAUUGAUGCUGUUGGGACACUAAAAAGGAAAAUCUCUUCCACUGCUCAACUGAUGAGUCAAGGAAGCAUGGCAGAUAUCGGCAGGCGCCGAUCCUUGAGAAUUGCUUCUCGGACUCCACCACGCUGCACGCAUGGAAUUAAUUCCGUCUAUUCCCCUUUCAGUUUUGAAACCCCAGAGAAGCGCAAAGCAGAACGCAAAUGGUGUGAUAUCGAAACGCCAACCAAACUGCGUCGUGAAGUGGAAGCAUUGACUUCUGACAUGCAAGCUUUGGCAUCUCUGACACCCAAUACUCUGCGCAGUCGGGCAUCUGCACGGAAAAAGUCUCCAAGAAGACUCAACCAGGCCAAGAAAUUCCAGACGGUGGUGUGAAGUUCUCUCCCUUAGACCAGUCAUUACUUGUUACUGCUUUUCUUUUUCUCAUUUAUCUUUAUAGUUGCCAUGGAGAGAUAGAGAUUGAGUGUGCUUUCCUCUGAGUUACUCAAGUUGAGUAUAACCUGUUUUGAGUUACUCAGAUUGAAUUUGUUAUACUUUGAGUCACUCCAGUUCAGCAUAAUGCGCUAUGGGUCACUCAGGAUGAGUGUGAUAUGUUGAGUCCCUCAAGAUGAGUGAAAGCUUUUUAUGAAAAAACGGAGACAAAGUUGGGUUUUCUCUCUGUUUUUGAUAUUUUUGUAAAAAUUUGGUUGACGUGAAUGGAAGACUGAGUUAUGCCUGUUGCUUAUAUAACCAUGCUCCCUAAAUACACACAGACUAUAUACAUAUAUACACAUACUUGCAUCCACACUAUAUAUAUAUAUAUAUAUAUACAUACAUACAUACACACUACACACACCACACACACAUAUAUAUACAUACACACAUACAUAUUUACUGUAUAUGCAUAUGUAUGUUUAUCUAUCCAUAUAGAUAUAUAUAAAACGUUAUAUAUUAAGUAUAUAUAAUUUGAUAUUCUAAAUUUGGAAUCAAUAUUGUUUUAUAAUUUCCCCCUGUAUUUUGGGGGAUCAUGUAUUCUAGAUAACUCCAAACUGAUCCCUAUUUCCUCAGUCUUGCUUUUUUUGCUCCAGAUUGACCCCUGUCUCCCCAGGCUGACCUCUCUCUCUCACCAAAUUAACCCCUGUCAAAAUAAUUGACUUUUUCAAAUUUUUUUUUUUAAAUUGUUUUUUAUAUUUGUCUUUGUAAUAUAUUUGGUUGUGAUGGUCACUUUUGGUGACAUGUUUUUAGUAUAUUCUGGUUCUGACUUGAUUUAAGGUCAACCCUGAAAUAUUGUCAUUGCUCAACUUAUUAAAUUAUUUUAUUUUUCGCUUUCUUUUCGUUUUUAUUCCUGUUUCCAGAAAGGAUCGGAAUAGGUAGGGUUAAAUUUCUUGCCUAAGAACUAAAUGUCUGCUAUCCUUGGACUUCUGGGCUUUGUGAGCACUUUGCAGUCACUAUUCUAUCACCUCACUAACGUUUGAACCUUACGAGGCUGGCAUUACACUGCCAGGACACUGGCAUUACACUGCCAACACACUGGCAUUACACUGCCAACAUGUUGGUGUUACACUGCCAACACACUGGCAUUACACUGCCUUCAUCUCAACACCAUUUUCUACCUUGCUGUCACCAUAACCAUUUCGUGGAAAUUUAUUCUUUACCAGGAAUUCUUGUCUCUAAACUGAUACUGUUGGUUAUGACAAUGAGUGUUCCAGAUGAUCUGAUUACUGGAACAGCUUGCUCUUGAAAUUAAGGUGCAAAUGGCUGAGUACUCCACAGAUACAUGUACCUUAAUGUAGUUCUCUAGGAGAUUCAAUGUGAUACAGAAUGUGACAAGAUUGGUUUGGUCCCUUUUGAAUUACUGGUAUGACUCAUUUUUGCCCAAUACACUGUUAUUUUCUAAAGCACACCUGUAAACGUCCUCAGGUGGAAUUAUUGGUUAAGGCCAUUUACUCCUCAUGGAUAUUCUAGAAUCUCUUUAGGGUAGAUCUGGAGAAUUAACAACCUCCUCAUCUUAUUGCUCCCUGCACCUGGUGAGAUGUGGGUUGAUAUGUGUGUUGUUGGAGUUGUUUAAUCUUAAGUCAGUUGUGACUGUUGAGUGAUGAAAUGUGAACAUCAAAAUUAUUCCAGUUGUGGCGCUUCCAUCAAUUGGCUCCAAACAUUUAUGUGCCUUUCUGUUUUUCUUUUUCAGAGUGUAGGGAGUGAUUCGAGGAAGAUUUGGCUGCUAUAUCUCGUAGACUGAAUAAUCAUGUGUGGGCUCCCUCAGUGUGUGUGUGUGUGUGUAUGGUUGUUGAACCACAAAUCAGACAAUGUGCAGCAGACUUGUGGCUAGGCCUUUCCAGCUGUGACCAUCCUGUCUUUGUGCAGAUAUUAUCCCAGAGCCUUUUUCACUUCAGCCAUGUUGUGAAAGGUCCCACAUCCACUGACCUGUUGACAGAUGUGCUCUUCAGCAAGUGUCUCCUAUUAAGGGCCUUGCUCUCUAUUACCUGUCGACUCCUUAAUCAGUUCAACAUUAAAUCAAACAGGUGAAAACUCUUCUAUUGAGUUACUGUAAAUUGGGGGGGGGAGGGAGACUUCUAGCUUCUUGAUUAUCAUUUAUCUUGCCUUACUCCCUUGUCUGUCCCCUUUUAGUUUUCUUAUUGUCUGUGACAGUUUAAUUCCACACUACUCUGGCUGGAUCUGUCCUUGGUCUGUCAGCCGUUGUCAGCCCCAGGUGCUGGUGGCACCGAGCACAAUGUAGCUUCAUUUAGCUAUGAUCAGAAUGACAAUUGGUGGUGUGUGCUAGAAACGGUUAACAACAACCAUGACCUUCCCUCUUUUGGAAUCUGUUCUGGUUGGAAUUUACUUUUCUGCUUCUUCUUAAAUGUCUUUUACUCUCAAAUGUUCUUCUUGUCUUUUCACUUGAAAACCAAGCUCAUCCCUCCUUAGGCCUUGUCCCAGGAAUUGGAGCAUAUACCUGGUCAUACAUUGAUCAAAUCUUUCUCUGACUCCCCUUUUCGGGUCCUCAUGGAAGGCCUCCUCCACCUGUGUCACUUUUCAGAAAUAACUUUGUUGAGAAAGGAAUUUCUUUCUGUCUUCUUUUCCUUCACUUGCUUCUUUACAUCCAACAUUUUCAAAAGACGGAAGAUUCUUCUUGUUGUUGCUGCUGCUUAAACAUUUCAUUUUAUUUUCUUUAAUUCAAAUUUAUUUUCCCAACACCUCUCUCCUCCCCGUCUCUUCCAUUCUGCAACUCGUUUCAACUUGAAACUCUCUCUCACUGGGUUUUUUUUUCUUAAUCUUUUAUCCAAAAUAAUCUCAGGCUGUGUUAAUGUUAUUGAGGCUGCUUCCUGCUCUUUCUGCGUUUGUCUGAGCCAUAAAUAACAAAAAUGAAUGAUUAAAGACUAAAGAUAGCUGACGAUGUCUAAAGACUAAAGAUGUCUUUGAUGCUAAGCGAUGAAGUGGAUUCUGGAAUAAUCUGAAAGGAUUUUGUUUGGAAAAUUGAAAGAAAAAAAAAAAAGAAAAAUUAAUUUGGUGAAUUA